UCCGUCCAUCCAAAAAAAAAAACCCUGCCAGUUUCCCCGCAACGCAACGGUCACCUUCCUCUCGUCCUGUUUCAUGUCACUUGCCAUUUCAUUUCUCCAAGAUUUCCGAUUGGUGGGUGGGUUUCUCCGAGCGUAACCUCCUUCCUCCGUGUUCCGCGUCCGGCGAUGACCCCGCACGCCCAAGUCUUCGUCUUCGUCGUCGUCUCCUGGCCCUCCCUCCGCCCCUUUAGCAUUUAGCUAGCCUUUAACAACAACAUCCAUCGGCGAGGCCGUGAGGGGGGGCAGUGCGAUUGAUUCUCUCAACACCAAACACCUUUCAGCUGGAAGAAUCCUUUUCCCCCACUCUCUCAGUCUCAGAGACAGAGAGCCAGCCCGGCAAGAUCCGCGUUCCCCCCAACCACCCCACACCCGACCCGGCCAUGGCGUUCUACGAGGGCUGGUGCAGCGGCAAGAACGGCGGAGGCUGCUGCUCCGACUGCAGCUGGACGCGGAUCGCCAUCUGGACCGUCGCCAUCCUCGUCGUGUGCGCCGUCAUCAUCGUCCUCGUGCUGGCCUUCGGCGUGGUGCGCCCACCCAAGGCCACCGCCGACGACGCCGUGCUGCAGCGGUUCGCUCUGUCCCCGGCCGACCCGGCGUCCAACUCCACCGUCUCCUACAACCUCACCGCCACGGUGUCGCUCCGGAACCCCAACAUGUACCGCGCCAUCGACUACGGCGCGCUCGCCGUGGCCUUCUCCUUCAACGGCACCCGCUUCGACGACUCCGCGUCCGUCCCGGCGUUCCAGCACAAGCCACGGAAGACGGCGACGGUGCGCGUGACCGUCGGCGGCGUCGACAAGCCCAUCAAGCUCGCGAAGGCCGGGGUGGGGGAGUUCCGGACGGAGAACGACACGGGCAAGUUCGCCGUGGAGAUGCGGCUCGACACGGUGCUCCAGUACAAGGGCCGGUCCGCCAAGUGCCCGCUCGUCGUCAUCUGCCCGCUUCAGCUCCAGCUCGUCGACCCUGACGUCGCUGCCACCGCGUUCCAGCGGACCAAGUGCACCAUCCUCCGGGCCAAGAAGUCCGGCUGCUAGCUUAUUACUCUGCUCCAGCUCUCCAUUGGUGGCCUGGCUAGCUCAAUUUCUGCUUGGUGGGCUACCUCUCUAGUUUCUUGCUUCCUUCCUGUAAAAUUAAUUCUUCAAGACAAGAUUUUUUCUUCUUCUUCUUCUUCUUCUUGCAAGUGAAGAGAUUGUUGUUGUGUGUGAUUGGAAGAGUAUUUGUAGGAGUGGUGAAAUUGGAUGUGUAGAAAUUUGUGGAGAUUUGAGACGAUCGAUUCGUUGUCAGUUGUUUAUGAUCCUCUUCCUC